AUGGCGCCCAUCUUGCCACAAUGUCAGGCGCUGUGGUUGGCGGAUAAACAGCAAUGUACAGAAGACGCCACGCACGCAAAUGAGCUCUUCUGCCACUAUCAUGCCAAACAAGCUCACGGCAUGUACAUUGGUUAUAAGAAGCGCAAUGCCAAGCUUGAUACCCUGGAUUAUAAUCCUCCAUCACAUAUCGCAGAUGCCACGACGCCUCUCGCCAACGAUGACUUUAGCGCCAUCACUGAUCCAAAAAUCAUCGAUGAGGUCAUCAGCUAUCUGUUCGACAAAUGGAAUACUCUUGAUCGUGUGAUUGAGGCACGCAAGUGGCACCACGAGCACUUUUAUUCCAUGAACUAUGACUAUGGGCACCAGGCAUAUAUCGAUAAACUCGUUAGCCACAGACACAUCGCAUCCUUGGCUUUGGGUAGAGCGAGAAAGCGGUACAUCACUCUUCUUUAUGAGAAGGAGCAGUGGUACUCUUGGGUUCGACACGCACAAGAUGAAGAAGAGGCGGAUCGCGAAAAGGAGCAGAAGAAGAUCAGGCAAGAAGCCGCCCUGUUCAAACGCCAUAUGAAGCAGCUGGAGACUAGACUUGCUGUUGUGCGGGAGAAGGAGCAGCAGAAACUACAAGACACGUUCCUUGAAGAUGCGUAUAGAGAGCGCAUGGCAAUGAAGGAUGACUCUGAUGAUGAGGCUUGGGAUCCUAUUGAGGACUUGGAGGACGACAAGCGAAAUCGAUACAUCGAUUUGAUAAAACACUUCCUUUGGAUGGAAGUCAUGGGAGAUGCCAAGGAGAAGCCAGCAGCUGAAGCAUCCUCGAGCAACCCGACAAAGGAACCUGCACAGCCUGAAGAGAGUAUGGCACACGCCAAAAAGGCGAAAGUCAAGAAGAGGAAUAGAGGCAAAGGCAAAGCCAAUACCGACGCAAAGGUGUGA